GGAAGGAAUACUCAUACAAUGAGAGUCUAGUACCCCCGCAAUUCCCGUGCCUCCGUGUAGGCUACAGCUCGGACGGACAAAUGAUUGUCAAUGGAAUACUUGACACAGCCCAGCUAGAAUCACUAUCAGUUUGUGUGUUCGCUCCUCGGCGUUUCUUACCCGUGUCUUUACAGUUUCGUUAUUUUCAGAAUUGACCAAAUGUAGGCUAACCAUCUGUUUUUGAUCAGGACCAGGGGAACGGGGGAUUUUUUUUAUUUUUUUUGCUAAUGUAAAAAAAAAAAAAUAUCAUGUCGUGAGUCGCUGGAAGUUUCGUGUAUUUUCCCAAUAUAACCUUCUGUUUUGGUGAUGACUCGUCCACGUUGAAUACACAGUUAAUAUUCGUCGCAAAGUGUGGUAGGUUAUUUUAUGAUCAUAUGUGUAAGCUACUCAUUGUAAACGCAAUUUGCGUAAAACGCUUCUAGUCAAUUUCGCUACUAAAAUGCUAUUGUUCGUGAUAUAUUUAAGUUUGAUUUCCUGUCGAAUUACAGGAGACUGAAGUAGGUUAGGGUAUUCACGUUGCAUGUGGUGUAGUCGGAACCGAAUAGUCGGUCAUCAAAUCAGUAGAGGACCUCGUGGGGACUUGUUCUUAUCCCAUUCAGAACUUCUUGCGGGGUGCCAGAGGGCAUGGGAGAAGCAACUCCCGCACAGCCCGCAGCAGGAGGGUUCGUACCAAUGUUAGGUCUUGGUAUGGUGGGCUCUAUGCCAGGCGGGGGGGUUGCGGGGCCGCUCGCGACCUCCCGGGGCUCUGCGGUCCCGCAGCUUCACAGCGCCAUUGUGGAACGGUUACGCGCGCGGAUAGAACUGUGUCGAAGGCAUCACUCCACCUGUGAGAACCGGUACCAGCGAGGCCAGGCCGAGAACUCUGACCGGGAACACGAGAGUACUCUUCACCUGCUGAACAUUGUGCAUCAGGGACCCGGGAAUAGGAAAACCAAGGGGAACCGGGCUUCGAACCAACAACCUCCAGACUACAGCAGAGUUAAUGGAGAACAGAAAUGCCAGAGCUCCUCAGCGGGAGACCAGAAGAUCUCAACACGAAUAGCACUCCAAGGGUCUCUGAGGAGGAAGAUUGAGGGCCAUACUCCGGGCUACUCCUCCCAACAGAAUGGCCUGUCCUGUGGGCCGUCGGGGCUGGACUUCAAACGUGUCCGUCUGGAAGGGGGCAGCGGUGGUUUGGGUGGGCCCUGUUCCUUCAGCUCACAGUCCAUGGGAGGCGACGCAUCGUCCAUAGGCCACACCCUAAACAGGAAAAACAACAACAGCGGCUACAUGAUGCCCCAUGGGGUCAUGAACUCUGACCUCAUCAACAUGACCCUGAAGGAGAUGAAGAAGGAACCUAUAGACCAUGUUACUUCCUGCGGCCAGAGGUCUACUGAGAUGAUGGUGUUCAGCAGCCAGAUCGACCCGGAGCUUCAGGAUCUGUUCGACGAGCUGACCAAGACCGUCCCGUCUCUGCACGACCAGGAGUUUGAGAAGAUGCUGAAGCAGGACGAUACGUUCGGCCUGGCGGAUCUGGAGCGCAGUGCAGCUACCCUCUGCUCCCACCUGGAGAAGCCCAUCAAGACAGAGUACUCCUCUCCAGACUACGGCCAGACACAUGGCCAUGGUGGCUCCUCACAGCUCCGCCCGGCAUCCACUGGUCCCUCCUUCACCAUGUCCAGCUCCUCCCCCAUCACCAACCAGAAGAGCCAAGGCCAGGGGCCCUCAGGGCUGGCUGGACCCCCCAGCAGAGGUCUCCCUGGCUGGCCUGAGGUGUCCCAUGCAGAGCAGCUAAAGCAGAUGGCAGCCAACCAGAACCAGCAGCAGCCCAACCCCCAGGCCCUGCUCCACCACCAACAGCCACACCAACAGGCUCAGGCUGGAGGGGGAGGAGGACCAGGGACCAGUUGGAACACGCAGCCCUCCUCCAGCUCCUUCCCCCAGGACAAGCUCUCCAACCCGGCCUCAAUGGGCCAGAGGAUCACCCCCCAGACCUCCAUGGACAGUCAGGGUAAAGUCAUAAACAACUGUCUGUUCAAGCCCAACGGACACAACACCUCCAGCCACCUGGAUAUGAAGGUGCUCAGCAACAAACCAAUGCUCCACUUCAGCCCCAAAGCAUCCCAGCAACCCUCCACUAUGGCAGGUCCACUGAGUAAGACUACGGCCCAUCAACAACAACAACAGCCGUCCACCUCAGCCCAGAACUUGAACACGAACCACCCAGUUCAUAACUACCAGAACCCCCAGCAGCAACGGCCCAUGUCUGGGCCUCCUCAUAUGCAGCCCAAGUCCCUGGCCCAGAGAACCCCUCUCAGCCAGCAUGGAGCUGGACCUGGGCUCCACUUUAAACUGGCUCAACAACGACAGAUGCCUCCUGGGCCUCGUCUGCCCACCAACGGCAGCCUAGUGGGGAUGUCAGCCCAGGCCCAGGCCAACCAACGUCCCCCUGCUCCUGGCUCCAACACCCAGCAGAAACCCCCAGGACCAGGGAAGACCCAGGUCAUGCAGAGACAGCUAGCCCAGCAGCAGCACAUCAUCAAUGACUCUGACAAAAUCAAUAGUAGCCAGGAUCUGUUUAACCGUCAUCUAACCAGACCACCACCAGACUAUAAACAGCCCAGAGGAAUGGUCCAACCUACAGGCCUUUUCACAGGUAUGAGUUCUUCGCAGUCGUUGUCGACCAACGGGUCUGACCAGAGUGACCUUCUAUCCAUGUCCUGCCACAUGCCCAGCGGCCCGGGAUCCAAGAUGACCCCUCCUCCCACGGACUGGAGGUUUGGAAGAGGCCCCAACACUCACCAGAUCCAACAGCACAACAACCAGACCAAGAUGGGACUCGGAGUCGGAGGAGGACUCAACCAAAACAAGUCCAGGUUCCCUGGUCCUCCCAACGGCCAGGGUAAUGGGUUUGAGGUGGGUGGUCUUACCAGUGUACAACAUCCCUCAAGGACAUCAGUAGGCCAGCAGGGUGGAGGGAUGCCCAGUCAGGGGCAGGGUCUCGGGCUGGGGGGUGUGAUGGGCUGGCCUCCUGGAGCUAAAGCUCCCAUCAUGGUCCCUGGGUCUCUCGGGGUAAGGCAGCCCCCGAACUCGCUCCAACCACAGGGUGCCCAUUCCCAGUCUCAGCUCGACAUGUCCAGCCACCAGUACCCUCCUGGCCCCCGGCACAUAGGCCCUGGCCCACCCAACCAGGUGGCACCAGAAAUUGGCAUGCUGCCUCUGAACCCAGCCCUCCGCAGCUCCACCACCACCACCAACCCCAGACCCAGCCAACCCAUGAUGCCUCCUCUGCCAGGGCUACCAAGCCUCAACCAGGCCUCUCCGGAGCAGAGGGUUCCCGCUGGGGGCAGCACCAUCGGGGUCUUCCCACCACAUAACCACAACCCUGGGGGAAGCUACCAGACCCAGAACAGCCGGGCUGUUAACCGACUGACCUUUGAAUUCCUCCAGGAGGGAGACAACACCGUCCCAGGGAUCAACACUGACUCAGACUUCAUCGACUCGCUGCUGAAGUCUGGAUCCGGCAACGACGACUGGAUGAAAGACAUCAACCUCGAUGAGAUCCUGGGCAGUCACUCAUAAAGUGGGAUGAUGUGGGAUUGCAUAAAUAGGGCCCAGAGUUUUUCCAUGCAGCUCUCAUGAAUUGGGGUUCAUUCCAGAGUUGUUCUCUUCUUCAAGUCUCAUGAAUUGGGGUUCAUUCUAGAGAGUUUUUCUGUAGAACAAUUCCACAGAAUUGGUGGCCAGUUUUUCCAUCAAAACAUUCCAUAGAAUUGGGAGCGCUGGUCAGGAGUUUUUCCAGGUUAGAUGGGCCAUGUGGUGUGGAAAAACUCCUGGCCUUAAUUAUAGGCUCCAACUAGAGCCAGGAGCUCCUCCCUCUUCUGGUCAGGAUAAACUCCAGGACCCAUCCAUAAAGACUGAUAACUGCAAACGCAGAACUUUCCCCAUACAGAGACUAUGGAUGGCCUUGGGAAGUGCAUCCCAAAUGGCACCCUAUUCCCUUUAUAGUGCACUACUGUAGACCAGGAUCCAUAGGGCUAUGGUUGAAAGUAGUGCACUAUAUAGGGAAUAGGGUAUCAUUUGAAACACAGACCAUGAAUGGCCAUGAGUCAGAAUUCAUCUAAAGGGAUUACAUUUGCAAAGCUAUAAUGUCAUUUUGUAAACCCAAUAUAUAAUUUGAUAUCUAAUUGUACUUUUUGUGUAUUCCUGUGAAGAAAUAUAUAUUCUGUAUAAUAAUAUUUUAGUACAUUAUAAAGGUUAAUUGAAUAAGAGGAUUCUCUGACAGCGUCUUGACCUGAUUCUGAAUAUAUUCUAUCAAACCUUUCUCUUUUCAUAACAUGGGUAUCGUCCAAAAAUGUCACCCUAUUCCAUACAUAGUGCACUACCCAGUCUUCAUUAUGUAGGGGAUAGGGUGUCAUUUCUGACACAGAUAUGGGAGGUAGUGUACUGCUAGUGACUAGAGCCAUGUGGCCCCUGUAAUACAUGGGGUAGAGGGGUCCAACCAUGGUCAACUGUGAACAGGAAGUGGCUGUCAUACUUCCAGACUUUGUCCCAAAUGACACCGUAAUUCCCCUUUUAUUAUGCUCUACCACAUAAUGCUCUGGUCAGAAGUAGAGUACUGUAAUAGGGAAUAGAGCGUCAUGACAGGAUAUACUACCCCCCCCCUUUUAUUAUGCUCUACCACAUAAUGCUCUGGUCAGAAGUAGAGUACUGUAAUAGGGAAUAGAGCGUCAUGACAGGAUAUACACCCCCCCCCCCCCCCCCCCCCCCACCCAGACCCAUCGUGGUGUUUCAUGUUUUGAAUGAUGACGCUGUCUCAGGUGUUUGUUAUAUUUAGACACUUUACUCAUCAUGUUAUUUCUACUUUUCUGGCUCAUCGCCUGGGACUGGUUUGAACGGCAAGCCACACCUUAAACCAUUUAUUUUAGAUUUUUUGAUCUAAUAUUUAAUAAUCUAUUGGGAGAAAAAAAUAUAUACGACAUUAUAAACAAUCUAAUGAAUAAAAAUGUUUUAAAUAAA